AAAAUGGAGGUGUUUUAUUGUGAUGACUUCCUGUUGAACAGAAAGUGUUGGAUUCUUUCGUCACCUUUGGCUCCUCCCUCCUACAGUUUUUGAAUUUCCCGCUCUGGUUCAGCCGUCGACAGGUUUCAUUCGUUUGUUAUCCACCAAAGCGGAGGGUUUUGGCUCUUUAUUUCUCGUAUUUGCGGGGUUUUUUUUGAACCAGGUAAAAUUUGCACCACAUUUUAGGAAAAUAAAGGAAAGGAAAUCUUCGAAAUCUUUGAAACUUUAACAGCAGGUGAGCCAAAGGUCGAAUGAAAAUGACUGCAGAAGAAUGGAAGUCGGCUCUGAUUAAAAUCCUCGAGGAGCUGGAUGGUCAGCAGUACGAGAAGACGCUGCUUCUUCUGGAAAAGAUUCCAAAAGGAAAGAAAGAGGAUAAAUCCAGGGAACAGAUGGCACAAACCAUCAUCGAGCAUUAUGGAGAGGAGUCUGUCCUCGAGAUCGAUCGUAUAAUGAAGGAGAUUCCCAGGAUGGACUAUCCAGUCCAGAAGCUGCUGCAGCCCUUUGUGGAGAAGAGACGAUCAGGGAAGAAGAGGAAACGGGAGGCUGAACCCGAGGCAGGAAGGAAGAUUCUGCAGCAGAAUUCUGCACCUGGCUCCAACAAGAUCCAGAUGGUUGCAGAUUCUUCUGGCAAAAACAAAGAACCAGGGAAAAAGAGGAAAGUAGAGGCUAACCCCAAGACAGGAGAGAGGAUGUUGCAGCAGAAAUCUGCAGCUGGCUCCAAGAAGAACCAGGUGGUGUCGGAUUCUUCAGGCAAAAACAAAGAACCAGGGAGGAAGAGGAAACUGGAGGCUAACCCCAAGACAGGAGGGAGGAUGCUGCAGCAGAACUCUGCAGCUGGCUCUGAUAAGAACCAGGUGGUGUCGGAUUCUUCUGGCAAAAACAAAGAACCAGGGAGGAAGAGGAAACUGGAGGCUGACCCGAAGACAGGAGGGAGGAUGCUGCAGCAGAACUCUGCAGCUGGGAAGAAGAGGAAACUGGAGGAUGACCCCAAGACAGGACUGAAGAUCGUGCAGCAGAACUCUGCAGCUGGCUCAGAGAAGAAACAGGUGGUGUCGGAUUCUUCAGCCAAAAACAAAGAACCAGGGAAGAAGAAGAAACUGGAGGCAAACCCCAAGACAGGACUGAAGAUCAGGCAGCAGAAAUCUGCAGCUGGCUCCAAGAAGAACCAGGUGGUGUCUGAUUCUUCUGGCAAAAACAAAGAACCAGGUGAUCUGAAGAGCCCUCAGCUUGAUGAGGUGCAACCAUCGUCCUCCUGGAGGAAACCGAUCGCAGAGCUACAGAAUGGCGUUGAUCUCAGUCAGAAAAUCGUUGUGGGAAAAGUUGUGGAGAAAUUUGUCCUGCGUUCAUGUGAAGCCAACACCAAGGAAAAGUUCUGCUUGGCAAUCGCUGAUGACAGCGGCUGCAUCGAAGUGAUGGUGUACGGAGAAAAGGCAUUUCAUUUUUUUAAAAAGGGUCACUUCUACAACUUCAGAAACGUGAUCGUGGAGGAAAACAUGAUAUUCACCACAAAAAGCAAGACUUCAAGGGCAGGUAAGCUUGAUGUUCCUAAAAAGCUGGAGCUGAAGGCUCGGAUGCUGACUCAUGGACAGGAUCCAGCUGUCUCCAUCGACGAGAUCAAACUUUUGGAUAAGAAGAAGAGAGUCAGUGUAGAAGGAACUGUGACAGAGAUUGGGAAAAUUGAGUCAGUUGUGAUAAAGAAAAACCAAACCGAAAAAAAUAUACAAAAGUUUAAACUUGAAGACAGCACCGACUCAAUCGACCUCACUUUGUGGGGUAAAAAAAACAUCCAGCACCUCAAAGGUGUUUCUGUGGGAGACACGGUCAAGGUGACCAACGUGAUGACCAAUCACUACCGUGGCACCGUCUCACUGAACUCCACAGACUCCACUAGAAUCUUCAAGUUGAAAUGCGCCACCCUCCAGAUUGUCCAAUUGGAAAUCAUCGGCAUUAAAAAAGCAAGGAAGCUGCAGACGGAGCUUGAAGCUGUUAGAGACGAGGUGGCUCAAACUUUCUCCGUGAAGUCUGCUGUCCUUGCAGAAGCUCUGGGGAUCCAGCAGGGAACUGACUUUGAGGACAGGCUUCUGGAGAAAAUCCCUUGUUCGGUAAAAGCUGAAAUAGAAGGAGACAAAAUCCUGAAGCUCUCAGCCAUACAGAAUGAGGAACGAGUUCAGAUGAGGAUGUAACCUAAAUCUGGCUCCCUUGAGCUCAGCGCUUUGGCCUCAGCUCUCCCAAAACAAUGUUGCUUCCUCUGUGAAUGAAAUGUGGGUUGGACGUGAAGAUUGACAUCUGCUGCAUCUCGCCUGUUUAGGCUUAUCUUGACUUCAGCAUAAGGAUGUUACGAUUCUUCAAGAAUCGCUAAAAAAACAAUUCAAACUCGUCAACAUGAUCAUCGAUUCAGAAAAGCAAAAAAUUGGUUUGUCACGGUCUGUGCUUAAAUUUAGAAAAUGCAGAGUAAAUCACACUUCAUGCA